CAGAAACUUCAUUACCCAUGAAUCCCACAAAUGUCGCUUGGGUCCUUACGUAGAACGUCAGUACGUCGCAUGAUAAGGAAUUUAACAUGGAGGACAUUGGAGUAACUGUUGAAAAAAUUCAGGACGAAGUGCCUGUCAUGCUGAACUCACGACCCCAGACGGGGCUUUCUUUCUUGGCCCCAGAACCAGAAGAUCUUGAAGACCUUUACAGCAGAUAUAAGAAGCUGCAGCAGGAGCUAGAGUUUCUGGAGGUGCAGGAGGAGUACAUCAAAGAUGAACAGAAGAACCUGAAGAAGGAGUUCCUCCACGCCCAGGAGGAGGUGAAGAGGAUACAGAGUAUCCCCCUGGUCAUCGGCCAGUUCCUGGAGGCUGUGGACCAAAACACAGCCAUCGUGGGCUCCACCACAGGCUCAAACUACUAUGUGCGUAUCCUAAGCACCAUUGACAGAGAGCUGCUGAAGCCCAAUGCGUCGGUGGCCCUGCACAAGCACAGCAAUGCCCUGGUGGAUGUGCUCCCCCCAGAGGCUGACAGCAGCAUCAUGAUGCUCACAUCAGACCAAAAGCCAGAUGUGAUGUAUGCUGACAUCGGAGGGAUGGAUAUCCAGAAGCAGGAAGUGAGGGAAGCAGUGGAGCUUCCACUCACACACUUUGAGCUUUACAAACAGAUUGGCAUUGACCCGCCCAGGGGGGUUCUGAUGUAUGGGCCUCCUGGCUGUGGGAAGACCAUGCUAGCCAAGGCUGUGGCUCACCACACAACAGCGGCGUUCAUCCGCGUGGUAGGCUCGGAGUUUGUACAGAAGUACCUGGGCGAGGGCCCCCGCAUGGUGCGUGACGUCUUCCGGCUGGCCAAGGAAAACGCACCCGCCAUCAUCUUCAUCGAUGAGAUCGAUGCCAUCGCUACCAAGCGUUUUGAUGCACAGACUGGAGCGGACAGGGAGGUGCAGAGGAUUCUGCUGGAGCUUCUCAACCAAAUGGACGGCUUUGACCAGACCGUCAACGUCAAGGUGAUCAUGGCCACUAACAGGGCCGACACCCUGGACCCCGCCCUCCUGCGCCCAGGCCGUCUGGACAGAAAGAUUGAGUUUCCCCUACCUGACCGCCGGCAGAAACGCCUGGUCUUCUCCACCAUCACCAGCAAGAUGAACCUCUCUGAGGAGGUGGACCUGGAGGACUAUGUGGCCAGACCAGACAAGAUCUCCGGAGCAGACAUCAACUCUAUCUGCCAGGAGGCUGGCAUGCUGGCUGUCCGUGAAAAUAGGUACAUCGUCCUGGCCAAGGACUUUGAGAAGGCCUACAAGACUGUUAUCAAGAAGGAUGAGCAGGAGCAUGAGUUCUACAAGUAGAAAGUAACCCCACCCCCACUUCUCCAUUAAAAAAAAGAAAAGGGCAUUUAGACACAUUUUGUGAUUUGUGUGUGUUUGUACUACCUUGUCCGUUUGUGGUUUCACAGACUCUAACAUUGACCUUGGACUGAAUUUUGCUUAAUUUACUAAAGGGCCAUUGUCAACUCAGGGGCUGUGAUUCCAAACUUGAACACACACAUAGUGAAUGGAGGGUAUUUUUAUGUGCUCUGCAGGUUCUUAAGUAUGACUGUAGCUAGUAUAAUGGCAUAGAGUUUGUACCUGUAAUGUACUCACUGAUAAAACAGUACUCUAAAAAUAAGUUUUCCAUAAAAAUGUAAGAAAAGUA